CUUUGGAACGUUGCAACAAGGUUGCGCCCCGCCCCCCUUUGGAACGUUGCAACCCGGUGGCGCGGCCGCGGCGGUCCACGUGAGCGGGCGGCCCGGCUGUAGCGCCCGGCGGUGAGCCCCAAUGCCGGUGGUGCACCCCGAGCCCCCCGACGGGGGCUGGGGCUGGAUGGUGGUGCUGGCCGCCUUCUUCCAGUCGGCGCUGGUUUUCGGGGUGAUCCGCUCCUUCGGCGUCUUCUUCAUGGAGUUUGUGGGGUACUUCGGGGAGCUGUCGGCGCGGGUGUCCUGGAUCACCUCCAUCGGGAUUGCGGUGCAGCAAUUUGCUAGUCCGGUGGGCAGCGCCCUCAGCACGCAAUACGGCGCGCGCCCCGUGGUGAUGGCCGGCGGCUUCCUCUCGGGGCUGGGUAUGAUCAUGGCUUCCUUCGCCACCAGCCUGACCCACCUGUACCUGAGCAUCGGGGUGCUCUCAGGCUUCGGGUGGGCCUUGGUCUUCACGCCCUCCGUGGCCUCGGUGGCCCGUUACUUCAAGAAGCGCCGGACGUUCGCCACGGCCUUGGCCUUCACGGGCGUGGGCCUGUCCUCCUUCGCCUUCUCCCCGCUCUUUCAGUUCCUGGUGGACACCUACGCCUGGCGGGGGGCCCUCCUGGUGGUGGCCGGCAUGUCCUUCAACCUGGUGGUGUGCGGAGCCCUCAUCCGCCCCCUGACCCUCAAGGAGGACCUGGCCGGCCCCGGGGACCCCGGCGGGAGCUGCCUGGGGAAGCUUUCCACCCUCUUUGGCCUGCCUUUGCUGUCCCACUGGCCCUUCAUGAGAUUCGUCCUGGCCGUGACCUUGAUCAACACCGGCUACUUCAUUCCCUAUGUCCACUUGGUGGCCCGAGCCCGGGAGCUGGGCUUCGACAAGCACCAGGCCGCCUUCCUCAUGUCCGCGGUGGCCGUGGCCGACCUGUCUGGCCGCCUCCUCUCGGGUUGGCUGGCCGACUGCCGGGCUUUCCGCUUCGCCCACAUCUUGGUGGCCUGGACCUCCCUGACUGGCAUCUCCUUGGCGCUGGUGCCUCUGGGACGCGGCUACCCGUUGCUGAUGGCCAUCGGUGUCUGCUACGGGUUCUUCUCUGGGGCACUCACCCCCGUGGUCUUUUCCAUCCUGCCGGAAAUCGUGGGCAUCGGGCGGAUUUUCGGCUCGAUGGGGCUGCUGCAGAUGAUGGAGAGCAUCGGCGGGCUUCUGGGAGCGCCAUUCUCUGGUUGGCUGCGGGACGUGACUGGGAACUACACGGCCUCCUUCUUGGCAGCUGGGGCUUUCCUCUUGGCCGGGAGCUUGGUUUUGGUCACCCUACCCAACUUCUUCUCCUGUCUGGGCUCCUCCUCUCCUGCCUGCACCCAGGCCUCUGGGGAACAUUCCUCCCAGGACAGAGACUGUCUGGCCAGAAGCCAAGAUCUCAGGGAGCCAGCGUGACUGCAAGGGGGUGCUGGCAGUGCCAGCCAGUGGCUGGGUGAAGGGCGGGGGGGAUCAAGGAGGGACAGCUCCAUCCCACCCCGCACAGCUCCGUUGGGACCCCUCAAUCCAUUAUCACAGCCUGGGGCUUCUCCUGUCCCGGGGGUCCAAUCCCCUGUUUGUAUCCUCUGAUCCCUGGAGCGAACGUCUUCACUGGGACCAUAACCAGGUUCUGGAAGGGUUAAUGCGGUAAAUUCGAGCCUGGGGAGGGGUCCUGGGGUUUUGUCUGUCUUCCCACCACCACCACCCUCUUCAACAUCUCGACCUAGAAGGAUGUUCCUUCGCAGAAAUAAACCACUUCACUACCA